AUGGCCGGCCCACCCCGCCCCCAGCAGACCGCACCCCGAGCAGGCGUGGCCCAGUCGAUCGUCAAGCUCGUCCUGCUCAGCUCCUCCGCAUUCCCGCUCUUCGGCUCGCCCAUCACCCCCACCACCCUGCCCAGCCCGCGCUCGUCGAUCUUCCAGGGCUCCUACCUCGAUGGCCUCGUCGUCCCCCUCAGCCGCCUCGACCGCUCCUCCCCCCAGUUCUGGUGGAUGAUGACCGUCAUCGUCUUCCUCGUCCUCCUCGGCGGCUGCUUCGCCGGCCUCACCCUCGGUCUCAUGGGGCUCGAUAUCUUGAACUUAAGGGUCCUGAGCACCAGCGGAAGCGAGACUGAACAAGUCCAGGCGCAGAAAGUCCUCAAGCUGCUCGAGCGCGGCCGCCACUGGGUCUUGGUCGUCCUGCUCCUCAGCAACGUCGUCGUCAAUGAAACCUUGCCCAUCUUCCUUGAUUCCGUCUUGGGCGGCGGAGCAGCUGCCAUCCUCAUAUCCACCGCACUAAUCGUCGUAUUCGGCGAGAUCAUCCCCCAAUCGAUAUGUGUCCGAUACGGCCUCUCGAUCGGCGCAAAGUCCGCCCCCUUCGUCCUCGCCCUCAUGUACCUCGAGUUCCCUAUCGCCUACCCCAUCGCCCUGCUGCUCGACUACAUCCUCGGCCAUGACGAGGGAACGACGUACCGGAAAGCCGAGCUCAAAACAUUCGUCGGCUUACAUCGUCAUAUCGGAACGGACGGAUUGAACGAAGACGAAGUGACGAUCAUCUCAGCCGUGCUAGAUCUCUCCGGAAAAACUAUUGUGGAUAUCAUGACGCCGAUUGAGGAGACUUUUACCCUAGGAGAGGACUCGAUCCUGGACGAAUCGACGGUCACCGAGCUGGUCAGCCAAGGAUAUUCGCGCGUGCCAAUCCACCAAGCCGGCCAUGACCGGAACUUUAUCGGCAUGCUCCUUGUCAAACAUCUAAUCAGUUAUGAUCCUGAGGACGCCAAACCUGUUCGCGAUUUCCAAUUGAGUAACUUACCGGAAGGAUCGCCGGACAUGACCUGUCUAGAAGCCUUGAAUUUCUUCCAACAAGGCCGCUCCCACAUGUUGCUAGUCUCCUCUCAGCCUGGCGAACACGGGGGUGCAUUGGGCGUCGUCAGUCUGGAAGACGUGAUUGAAGAGAUGAUCGGCGAAGAGAUCAUCGACGAGACCGACCAGUACGUCGAUGUCGCCCACAAGAUCAAGGUCGUCCGUAAGCCGCCGGUCACAAACCGCACCUCCACCCGUGGCUUGGCCCCGCUCAUCAAAGGUGUGAUUGAGAAGCGGCGACAGGGAGAGCCGCGGAUCAGUCGGUCGGAGUUUGGCGAGGGCGAGGACUACAUGAGUGGGGAAGGGCAGACCGGCUCGGUACCGUCGACGCAUCCCAAGCUUGCGCAUCUGCCGGCGCCGGCAGGGACGACGGGGAUAGCGGGGGGCGUCGCGAGCAGCAACCGGAGCUCGGUGGACAUGCAGUCGUGGCGCUCGCCGGUGCUCGACAAGGUCAAAGUGAAGGGGGGAGAGACGCGCGCCCAGCGGGCCGAGUCCGAGUCCAGACGGCGCAAGCUGGCCGCCAAGAGCUCCUUCCAGGAGGCCCAUAGCGCCAUCGACGAGGACCGCUCCUCCAGCGUGCACGAGGACAGCGGGACCGAGAACACGCCCUUGCUCGACUGA